GUUGUGGUGGUCCUUGGAAAAGACCCUCCUCGCACGAGGCGGGAAUGCCACAGGGGACGCUCCCCUCUCCCCACCACUGCACGCCUUCCGUGCUGGGAAGUGCAGGCUUCAAAGACGCAAGACUUUUGCUUCAAAGGCUAGUUUAUUGCAGCGUCAGCUUCUGAUGUGGACGACAGACAGUACUCCACAAAAACUGUGUGCCUGCACUGACAACUCUUAAGACUCAUUAUGUCAAGGCGUUGUGUAGCUCUCUGGUUGUUCACUUGGGUAAUGCUAGUAGGUCAUUCUGAAUGCUGUUUUGUGGACUCUAUAAUUGCUGCAAGUAAUUUUAGCCACAUGCAUCAUUACAUCAAUACAUCAAACCUGGAUCAAAACUAUUGUGAAAGAAAACGAAAAGCAUCUAGUUUUGGUGGAUGGAGACUCUCCACAGAAAAGCUCACAGCGAUGCUUCCCAUUGAUUACAUUCAAGAGAAUUACGUUCGUGAAGUACGAGAGUCCAUUUUUUCAGUUGCUUAUCCUACUCCUUUUAAAUCCAGAGCACUCCUUGUAUCAGUUUCAAAGGAUGUUUUGGAAGAUAUUUUGGACCUUGACGUAUCUGUUUCAAGUACAGAGGAUUUUCUAUAUCUUGUCAGUGGCACAAAAAUUGUCUUGGGGUCUCUGCCCCUUGCCCACAGAUAUGGUGGUCAUCAGUUUGGUAGCUGGGCAGGUCAGUUGGGUGACGGAAGAGCCCACUUGAUUGGCGUUUAUACAAACAGGUUCGGUGAUAGAUGGGAACUACAGCUGAAAGGUUCAGGAAGAACACCAUAUUCUAGGAAUGGGGAUGGCCGAGCUGUGCUUCAUUCUUCUGUUCGAGAAUUUUUGGGGAGUGAGGCCAUGCACUAUCUUGGAAUUCCCACCAGCAGAGCAGCCAGUUUAGUUGUAAGUGAUGAUGAUGUUUGGAGAGAUCGUUUCUACAAUGGGAAUAUUAAGAAAGAAAGAGGUGCAAUAGUUCUGCGAGUUUCCAAAUCAUGGUUUCGAAUAGGAUCAUUGGAAAUUUUAGCUCAUUCUGGAGAACUGGAUUUAUUAAGGACGCUGGUAGACUUUGUCAUAGAUGAACACUUUCCAACAAUAGAUAUGAAUGAUUCGAACAGAUACCUGGCAUUUUUCUCUAGAGUCUUGUCUGAGACUGCAGACCUGAUUGCCAUGUGGAUGUCAGUAGGCUUUGCUCAUGGUGUGUGUAAUACAGACAACUUCAGCCUGUUAUCUAUAACUAUAGAUUAUGGCCCAUUUGGAUUUAUGGAUUCCUAUGACCCAGACUUUGUCCCAAACAUGUCGGAUGAUGAAAGGCGGUAUAAAAUAGGAAACCAGGCAAAUGUUGGAAUGUUUAAUCUGAACAAGCUGUUACAGGCUUUAAACCCUUUAUUGGAUCCCAGACAAAAGAAGCUUGCUUCUCAGAUACUUGAGGGAUACCCUGAGCAGUAUUAUAAAUGCUUUACACAACGAUUCAAAGCAAAAUUAGGUCUUUUGGGUGACAGUGAGGAUGAUAACUAUUUGAUUGCAUUCCUUCUAAAACUCAUGGAAGAUAAAAAAGCUGAUUUCACGAUGACUUUUCGGCAGCUCAGUGAGGUUUCAGAAGACCAGUUGAAGAAACUCAGCAUUCCUAAGGAAUUAUGGGCUCUGCAGGACAUGGCUAAACACAAAUUAUUCCCCAGCUGGGUGGCUAUGUACCUCUUGAGAUUAAACAGGAACCCAGGUGAUUCAGAUUCUGAACGAAGCAGAAGAAUGACCAUGGAUGCUAGGACUCAGAGAUCUAAAAACCAAAGUUCUGUCUAGUGCUACCAUUUAGCCUUCUAUAGCAUCACUGGAAACUUGGCCACCUGGGCAGGUACAUAAUCCAUUUUGCUUGUGGUGGCCCAAUUAUGUUUUCAGCCAGAUCACAUUUUGCUUUCAUGUUGCCUAUUGGUGAAGUGUGACUGCUCAUAUUUUAGCUGGGCAUACAUCUUCAAAAUGUCAUGGCGUUCCUUCCCAUUCUUACAAAGACCUUGGUGGAAUGCUCAGGUGGUCACUUUCCCAGAGACAAAAUGUAAUGCGAAUGGCAGAAAGAAGCAGCUCAUGUAAGUUGGCUCAUAGGAAGGAUGGAGUCAUAACUCAGUACAGAUCACAUGUCCUGCGUGUAUCACAUGCAAAGUGUACUUCUAAGGCUGACAUCCAGACCAUCAAAGCACAAGCACAUCUAGAAGGGAAGGUCAUCAAAAUUCAUCCCUCAUGCCUGAUUUGCUGGUGCUCAGUGCUGUAUUAGUAAAAAACUAUCAGCAGCGCUAGUGCUUCUUCUCACAUAGAGCUGAUGCUUUGUUAGUUUGGAUGUCAGCCUUGGAAGCAUUUGAGAAACAAGCUUUGAAAAGGGAAAACCUGCCUCAUUCUGCAAUAGCUAUGCUGCAGCUAUAUGUGCCUUUUAAUGCUGCUAACCAUAUGAGAUAGCAAAAAACAGAUUUGCCUUUCAUCACUAAGAUUUAUUAAUCUGCCCUGCUGGUCUUCAAGUAUAACAGUAUUUUAAGCAUGAUGAUAAGGACAUUAAUCUGGCAGACUUGUGGACUGUGGCUGGCAUUGAUCUCCCAUUUCAUAUUAGCAGCAUACAAUUAUUCCUGCAUUCAGCUUAACAUCAAUGUUUUAAGCACAUUUAUUUUUAGUAACAAUUGAUGGCUGAAAUUUUAAUCCACUUUUCUUGAUUCAAUGAUGAAGCUGCCUUUUCAAAUUUUAAUUUGCUAUUUUGUACUAUUUUAACUCUAUUUUAAAAGCCUUUUUUCUUGGCUUUCUUCCUCAUAAUUUUUAAAUUGUUCCAAAAUACCACGGAUGUACUGUACGUAUCAUCUUAUGUAUACACAUAUUUAAACAAAGUGGUCUUAUCUUCCUUGAUUAGCUUUGCAGAGUUCCAGAUUAUUUCACCAUAUUUACAUACCUUUAUUCUCAAGCACUCAAGGUGGCAUAUUUUAAUUAUAAGCCACUUCGAAGGCCCUUAUAAGAGGAAAAAGGACUAAAACUAUUAAUGUAGUACAUAUACAAUUUAUAAUAAUGGUUUACAAUUUAAAAUACAUGAUAAAAAAAGGAACAGGGAAUGAACAGAAACAUAAAUUCAGAUACCAACCUGUGUUCCCUAUAACAGGGAUUCCCAGAUGGUGUUGACUACAACUUCCAUAAUCCUCAGCCAAAGGCCACUGCAGCCAUGAAUGCUGGGAAUUGUAGUCGGCAACAUCUGAGAAUCCUCGUUACAGGAAACACUGAUACCAACUCAUUCAUGCUGUUACAUAAUGUGAGAUGACCUUCACAAGGAUGGAAUUUUAGAAGUAUGAAUGUCCCUAGCAUGAGCAGGGGCGUAGCUAGGGGAGACGGGUCCUGUGUUCAUCCCUCUCUUGGGCGGCCCCCGAGAGUGAGGGAGACAAUGAAGAAAAUAGGGAGGGAUGGAGCUGGAGGGCCCUCAGGAGCUGGGGGCCCAUGUUCUUUGAACACUUUCAUUCAAUUAUAGCUACGCCCCUGAGCAUGAGGCAUCUUGUUUGUGUUGGGAAUUCUCUCUAGUAGAGAAACCCUUUUUCAAUUAUAGCAGAGUGCACAGAGGCACAACACAGCGGAUUUAGUUAGGCAUGCGUGUAUGCUGAGAGUAAAGUAACUUGGAGCCAGUUCAUAGUUUCAAAUCAAUAUAUAAGACAUUGAUUAGAGAACUCCAUUCUAGAUAGGAAAGUGAGGAGUUAGGAUCUCUAAUCUAGCUAGCUAGCUGCAUGCAGAUAGAUUCUGCAUCUUCUCUGCACACAUGGUGCAGGGAGAGGAGCUUGCUUGCAUGUUGCAAGGUAGAAGGAACAGGAAGAGAAGAGAGAGGAAGUGUCCCUGAGAUUAGCAAUCUAUAUUCCAAAGGGAUAGUGUCAGAACAGUAGAGAAGGGAUGACCAAUGUCUUGACCCUCUAGCCCUCUGACUCACUAGUCUGUCCUCCAAUGGCUUUGAGACAAGAAACAGCACAAAGUCCUUAACUUCCAACAGUUUGUAUGUUAUAAUUAACUACCAUGUGGUUUAAGGUAGGACUUGCAAUCACAACCCACCUCUGCAGGGGUGAAGGGCCUAUUAGGUUGGCCCACCCAAGAAAGUUAUUGGAUCCAACAGGAUUCCAAGAAGUCUUGGAAGGGUUUAGAGUUGGUUCUGUCAAUGCUCCUUUUUAGGCUGUCAAUGUUUUCUUUUUAGGCUGUGUUCUUUGAAUACAUCUUCUUAGGUAGAACAAUGUUACCAGAGUUCCCCUAACUGGGAUUUCUGUUGUUGCUGCUUUUAACAGGAGGCCAAUUGAAACAAAAUGAACAUUUAGCCAGGGACACUUAUGCCAUAAAUUUCAAACUAGAAAUAACAGAACUGUGAAACACUGCUGAUUUAAUUUCUCAUAGCAUUCGCCCCAUAUUAAAUAAGAUAGGAUUUAAGUGAUGAAGCUGAUUUAACAAGUAAGAAUUCUUUUGGCUGUUAAUUAUAAAGGGGGAACUAGUUUGAUGCUGACAUCCCUACUUUAAUUGCAGAAGAAAAUUACAAGUCUUUCCAAUAUUAUCAUUCAUGCACUUGAUAAUUAAAGUCUUAAGUUUGUUUACAGGAAUUUUCAUGGAUCCCAUGAUUCAACCUAAACCCCCUUUUGGCUGAGCAUUUGUUGUUCUGGUGGAUAGAGAGUGGGUUAGUGAUUUGGCAGCUUCAUUUUCAGAUUCUGUCUGACUUUCACUUACUAAUCAGCUUACGGCAUGCUAGAGAGGAAACAUGGCUGCCGCCAUGUUCAUUGCCACAACGUUUGAUUGCGAUUCAAGAUGUUCUUCCCAGCCUUUUGUUUAUGUGGUCAUUCCUGACCAAUUUUCUCUGCAUGUUUUCAUUUAGAAGGAUUGAAAGGCAGCCAUCUUCCUGUUGCUACUUUUCUUCAUUUGACAAAUUUCCAAGGGAGGGAAAAGCUUUUACUUAUAAUAAGAGUGGGAAACCUGGGUGAUUUAAAAAGCAAUGCUAUAUAAGAAUCAUUUAACCAGAAAUGGAGUGGGGGGGUGUCUUUAAUAUGAAAUUCCUCCUAAUGUCCACCCUAAAUCUGUUUCCUUGUAAUUUUAAUCCAUUGGUCCUGCACUCAGGAGCAAUAGAGAACAGGUCUGCUCCUUCUUCUAUGUGACAGCUCUUCAGAUAUUUGAAGAUAGAUAUCUCUUCCCUUAGUCUUGUCUUCUCCAGGCUACUUUCAGUUUAGGUUGAAAAUAAACUAGGAUUAUAAUGCCAGACCCAGCUGAUCUUGGUUUCUUCUAACCAACUUGCUUGAAAUAGCUCCCUGCUAACUAAGCACAGGGGCAUCUUUCAAAGCGGUGAUUCUCUUGUAUUUAGCAGUGGGAAAACAACAGGCCCUAUCCAACCCAGUGCAGCAUCCCUCCGGUGGCUGCUGCUGGUGGCUGCCUUGUGUUUCUUUUUAGACUGUGAGCCUUUUGGAGGACAGGGAACCAUCUUGUAUUAUCAUUAUUCUUUUUCUGCAUAAACUGCUUUGAGAACAUUUUUGUUGAAAAGUGGUAUAUAAAUAAUAGUAGUCAGUAAGCGUAUUGCCACUUUUUACAUUUCAGAUUCAGGGAAAAAAAUGCAGGGGGGACCAUUACCACACACCUUUUGAGUAUCAUAUGUUAGCACUGGAAGUUAAACAUGGCAUCUAAUAGAGAAACUGUCUAUACUGCUGUAGAAGUCAUGCAUAUCACAUGUUAAGAUACUUGCUAAAACAGUUACAUUAUGAAACUUCUCUUUGCCAAGGGGAUUGACCCAAUAAUGUCCCUGUGGAAUGCUUGUGGGGUAGAGAAAAGUGCUUCUUGUUCUUAAAAAUAGAAUUUUGUGAAGAGAGUCAUCAUUAUCUUCUGCCCACUGCAACCUUUCUAUAGUCAAGGUUGCUGGCAGCUGAAGAAGACCACUUAAUGGAAUGGGUAGACACUCACGUGCAUGUUUUCACUGCAAAAAGCUCUGAAAAUGUGUGGUAUGACUCAUUCAGACAUUAAGUGUUGGGGUUUUCUGCAUAUUCCACAUGCUAGGGAAGUGGUCCUCUCCUCUCCAGCUGUAGGGGGGGUGGGGUGGGCUUUUUGCCCCAUGCUUUGGAAAGGAACGACGCAUGAGUUGGCUAGCCAUUGGCUGGAGGGCCGUUGGGGGGCAGGACUCGGACUGCUGAUGCUGCUUCCAGCCCGCCCCAAACUUAGUCCUUUCACAGGAAGCGAUCCCUCCCACCUAUCCCUGGCUAUAGUGUGGGCUUCUUCUGGUUGCCCUUUUGGGGACUGGGUAGGAGAUUUUUGACUUUUGAUAGAUUGGCUUUGUUCAGGGGGCUUUUUUUGCCUACCUCACACUUUAUGCCCUAGUUAGUUAAUUGGGUUGGUUUCCUUGGUCACAACAGCAGGUACAGUGCGGUUUCUUGGGUAAUUGAGUUCUGGUGAGCACCUUUUAGGCACGUGUUUGGUUUAAGGAGGAGUCUUUGCCAGUCCCUAGAGGCUUUCCAGCUCAGGAAGCGCUGGUUGAUGGCUAAUUCAACCAGCUCUGUGUAAACCGCCCUGAGCCAUUUUUGGAAGGACGGUAUAGAAAUCAAAUGAAAUAAAUAAAUAAAUAAAAUAAUUCCAACCUGCUAAUGGAAUCAACAACCUCUAAGGCUUUCCAGCAUGAGGAUGGUGAAUCCUACUGCAGGUGCCUGCACAUUAAGUGGGCUAAGAUGGGCAGCAGGUGGCCUUAGGCUGGAUGCUGCCUGGAGUGGAGGUGUCUCGCCCUAGGUACGGUUGGCUGAUACAUAAGCAGUGAGUCUUUGGGACUGCACUGUUGGGGUGCAGUGCCAGUCCUCUCUCUUCUUGUUAUUUGUAAUUAAUAACAUUGUGGCCCUAUUUGUAAUCCAUAAUGAUGUCUCGUGUCUUUAUUGUCCAGGUGCAAUACAGGUAUCCUUUAUCUUUUAUAUGCAAGGACAUUAUAGAGCUUUAGUGUUGGAAUCUAGAAAUGUAGUAUACAGCAUGGAUGUCAGAAAAGUUAAGCUGGGCAAAAGUAGUGCAAAAGGGCAAAUAGCCACAACAUUUUUCACAAAUGCAGAUCAGGGACCAAUUUAAAUACAAAUACUUAAACAGCUGCACUGACCGCUGAUUCCGGGCAAAAUACAAAGUGUUUGUUGAUUAUUACCUUUAAAGCCCUGAAUGGCUUAGGUCCAGAUUACCUUAGAAUGCCUUCUUCUCUAUGAUCCCCACCGCAUGUUGAGGUCAUCUGGAGAGGUCUGUUUCCAGCUGCCACCGGUGUGUCUGGUGGCGACUCGGGACUGGACCUUCUCUGUAGCUGCUCCUGGGUUGUGGAAUGCACUCCCCACAGAAAUUUAUGGUUUAGAAACAUAACUGGCCUUUAAGAGAGCCCUUAUAACUUAUUUUAUUGGUCUGGCCUUCCAGGGUUUUAAAAUUGCUUAAACUGUUUUAAACUGUGUUUGAAUUGUUUAGAUUUUAUAUGGCAUUAAAUUUAAUUUUUAAAUGAC